UUGCCGCCGCCGCCGUCACCGCGACCUAUUUACGGCACCGGUGUUCCUCCGGCAUAUCCCCAGUGUCCUCCCAACACCCCUAGGGCUAGCCCGCCUCCUCGCCCGCGAUGGAGGACCCCCCUGGCUCGGCCCUUACUUCUUCCAGGUCAGCGGAGCCCUCCGGCCGUGCCAGCCAUGCCCCUCUACCUCCUCCACCACCUCCACCGGUUCCCCCUCCACCGCGCCAUUCCUUGGCGAGAGGGCGUCGCUCUGCUUCCCAUUCGAGGCGUACCCAGCUGUUUUCUUUUGGGUCUCUUCCGUACCAGCUCGGUCCUCGUAUGCCCAGGCGGGGGGCCAGAGAGCCAUUUUAUUUCGAGAAACAUCAUAUAGUAUUUUUCCAGAAUGAUGCUAGAGAAUUAGCAUCACCGGUUCGCAGAUUCGAGAUGCUGUCAGUGGAUGAUGCCCCUCCUCCGACAUCUAACUCACCUGAAUGCAGUGAGCUAGGCACUACAAAUACAGAUAUAUCAAGAUCGAAGGUGUCGUCAUCCGACAACUUACCUCAUACACCUGGUUCAGCUGAUGGGCAUGAUUGUAAUAAAUACAAUGAAGAAAGUUCUGGUGAAGCUGAUUCCGACACUUGCCAAUACAGUUCUGAUGAUGAUAGUGAUGAAGAUGGAGAGUGCCCAUUCGGUAAUCCUCUUCUUAGGGAUAGCUAUGGAAAAUUGACAGAUUGGAGGUUGAGUGAUCUAGAUGCGGCAUUCACUAAGCAUCUAGAGGAUGAAGCAAAGAAUCCGAAGCCAAAAGAACGGAAGCUCACGAAAGAAGAAAAGUUGAAGAUUCAUAGCGAUCGCAUGGAAGGAUAUAUGAAGUUUGCUCUCCAUCAGUACAACAUUAAAAAAGAACUUGUUGAGGAUAUGAGAUUCGAGUUUGAGAAAGCCCAAAGUCAGAAUUGGAUCGUUGAAGGAGAGUUUGAUGACCUGUUCUAUUACCAUUUUAACUUCACAGCUAAGCAGACCUGUUCUUCUGUGUUUACAUUUUUUGCGGAAGUAACCCCAGAAGAUGGAGAUGAUUGUGACGUUCUCUGCUGCAGACUUCUAAAUGAUGAUGACAAUGGACACUGCUUUGGUUGUGAGAAUGAAGGCGUAGAUGACUUAAGGCAUCCAGCUUGUAAAUCUGCGUAUGUUGGAGGUCACGAAGAUCGGGGUUUCCCAUUUAUGGAGAACAGUGAGACUGAGGAUGACAGCGAUUGACGGGCGGAAGAAAUUGACGAGAUAACAGAAGUCUCUGUCUUGGAGUGCUCUUUUUCUGCCAGCAGCAAGUCAUCUGAUAUAUUUAAUUAUAGUUUGUUUCUUGUGGAUGUUUUAAAAUUGGUGAAAUUUUGUAACUUAGGAAUUUGCAGUAUGUUCAUGCACAUGUUCAGCUUGAAUCUGAGAAACUUAGCAAUUAGUAUUA